AUGUUGCGCAGUAAGAAAAAAAAAAUGCUUAUUAAAUUAAUGCUUUUGGAGCAAAUUGACGAAGAAACAGCCAUAAUCGAACAUGUAAUGAAUAAUAAAAAUCACAAUAUUCAUGAUAUGUUUCUCAAAAGAAAAAUUGAGGGCUUUUAUAACAUUUUAAUUGAGAAACAUUUAUUUAAAGAUGAAACCAAAUUCAGAGAAUUUUUUCGAUUGAGUUAUGAUCAAUUUAAUUAUGUUUUAAAUAUCAUUGAAGAUGACAUCAAGAGUGAUCCUUACAAUCGAGUUAAACAGCCAAUAACACCAGCCGAGAAGUUAUCAGUUACAUUAAGAUAUAUGGCUACCGGCGAAUCAUUUCGGUCAUUGGCAUUUGCGUUUAGGAUAUCUCAAAGUUAUAUCACUCGUAUUAUACAGUUGGUUUUAAAAAGUUUGAGUUCACGACUAACUGGUAAAUUAUUAAAACCACCAUUGCCAGAAGAUUUGAUACGAAUUGCAGGUGAAUAUUGGGAUAGAUGGAACUUUCCAAAUUGUGUUGGUGCAAUCGAUGGAAAGCAUAUUAGAAUAUUUUGUCCGGGAAAGAGUGGUUCUUUGUUUUUUAAUUAUAAAGACUAUUUUUCAAUUGUCUUAUUAGCUAUUGUGGAUGCUAAUUGUAAAUUUAUUUAUGUCGACAUUGGCUCGUACGGAAAAGAAGGUGAUAGUGGCAUAUUUGGAAAAUCAAGUUUGAACCAAUUAAUUAAACAAAAAGAAUACUUUCCGCCAGAAAAAAAACUUCCAAAUUCGGAAAUAAGCUUACCAUUUGUUCAUGUCGGCGAUGAAGCUUUCCGUCUGGAGACACAUAUGAUGAGACCAUACACUCGUGGAGAAGCCCGGAAUGAUAACAAAAAAAUUAUUUUCAACUAUCGUUUGUCAAGAGCUCGGAGAACUACAGAAAAUAGUUUUGGUCUUUUAAGCCAAGUAUUUAGGGUUUUUUAUACUCCCAUUUCUUUGAAAACCGAAACAACUGAUCAACUAGUUUUAUCAGCCUGUUGCCUCCAUAAUCUUCUCCGGGAUAGAUAUUUAGAAAACGUGCCUAAUUAUUAUUAUAAUUAUGAUCCAAACGAACCUCAACCUUUGAAGAACAUGAUGUCUCUUGCUAAAUCUGGAGGUUACGCAAAUUUCGAAGGAUUUUUGGUAAGGGAUGAAUUUACAAAUUUUUUCAAUAGUGAACAAGGAGCUGUUUCAUGGCAAGACAGCCGAACACAGGAAACUGACAUUUAA